CCUGAUCGGCACCGCUGUUACUGAUGAUAAGUGCCAAAUUACAAACGUCUUGUUAAACAAUGAUGAUUAGCCGUAUCAUCUUAUUCUUUCCUGGUAUUCGGAAUGAAAUGGAAUGCGGAAAUGGUUCCGGUGGUUAAGGUGACAGGUUGUAGAAAAUAGUACAGUCUUUCUUUCGACGAUGUCUGUCUGCGUCGUCUUAAGAUUUUGAUUCUAUCAUCACAUUCCAAAAUCAUAAACAUGCCUUCCGCAACAGCGCCCGAUCUUCCAAUCUGGAAUCGCUUCGUCCGCUUCAUUGGUGAAGAUGGAAACGAAUAUUGCGGCGAGCCCGUUGACUCGGAGCUCGAUGUCGGCCUUGCAAUGGAGCAAAACGAGCCCGUGAUGGUCAAACUCCUCAACGGCAUCUCAGCACUUGAUUUCGAUGUUAUCUUCACCGGCCGAGUUGUCAGAGCUCGCGAGAUUCUCACACCCAUAACACCUGCCGAAGCAGGCACCAUCCGCUGCAUUGGCCUCAACUACACCGACCAUGCCGCUGAAAUGAAAUUAGCCCUCCCAACCAACCCGGAAGUCUUCUUCAAGCCCUCAACUUGCCUGAACGCGCCCUCUUCACCCAUCCACCUCCCCGCCCUCGCCGCCUCCUCGGCCGAUCUCGAAGUCGAGCUCGCAGUGGUGCUCGGCGCAGACGCUAAGGACGUCUCGGCUACGGACGCAAUGCAGUACGUGUUGGGGUAUAUGACCGCGAACGAUGUGACGGCGCGGGCAAUCCAGGAACGGGGCUCGCAGUGGGGGUAUUGCAAGGGGUUUGACGGCUUUGCCCCAGUGGGCCCGGUACUGGUGUCGAGGCGCGUGCUGCCGGAUCCGAGCGUGUUGGAGUUGAGGAGUACGUUGAAUGAGAGGGUGAUGCAGGAUGGCAGGGCGAGAAACAUGAUUUUUACCAUAGCGGAGAUUGUUGCUUAUCUUUCGGUGGGUACAACGCUGAAGAAGGGGACAGUCAUAUUGACGGGAACUCCCUGCGGGAUUGGACAUAGCUAUAAACCCCCGGUUUAUCUACAGGAGGGAGAUACUAUGAAGAUAUGGAUUAGCCAUGGGCUGGGGACGUUAACAAAUCCUAUUGUUUAGCAUAGACUAGUAGAGUUAUAAGUCAUCCCAUAGGUAUAUAAUUAUGCUCAAAAUAGUAAUCUAAUUUACA